AUGGACUCAAGCAAGAACGUCGACAUCCCCGUUUCCCCUACCGGCCGCAGACGCAGCUCCGGAACCCUCUUCCAAGGUCUCAUGGACCAGAAGCGCCACGAUGGCAAUGCUGCCCGCAGACAAUCAAUGACGGAUUCGAAGCCGGCACCUGGGUUUAUUGGGCAAAUGUGGCACAAUUGGACUCGUGGCCCCGCCAGCCCCCCGAAAUAA